AAACCUUUUUUUUUUCAGACGACAGGCGUGAACGAUGGAUUGCAGUUUGCCGAGAAAGAUGUGCCGUCGUCCCUGAUACACUUAAUGAUUGUAAUACUCUCGACUUUAACGACAUGAAUGACAUCCCCUGGGUCCUCUUAACGUCAUCCAUCAAUGCACCGAUCACACGAACAACGCAUAUAAGAAGUUUCUUACGCAGGGGAGUUCUAACUUUUCCGUAUCCAGCCGGACCAAAUGAAAACACAGCUCCAAAAGAGGUAAUGCCUCCCCAAAAUGUUCAGCCUCAUGCAGAAAGCACAGCCCCAAAAGAGGUAACGCCUCCCCAAAAUGUUCAGUCUCAUGCAGAAAACACUGCUCCAAAAGAGUUAACGCCUCCUCAAAAUCUUCUGCCUCAUGCAGAAAACACAGCUCCAAAAGAGGUAACGCCUCCCCAAAAUGUUCAGCCUCAUGCAGAAAACACAGCUCCAAAAGAGGUAACGCCUCCCCAAAAUGUUAAGCCUCAUGCAGAAAAUACCGGGACGCAACGUCAAGCCGAAGGAAAUGAAAACACAGCUCCCAGAUAUGUAACGCCUUCUCAAAAUGUUCAGCCUUCUGCAGUCCAUAUUAGAUCACGCGCUUCAAUUCCACAAGAACAUUCGACGUAUCAAUGGCCAGCCGACGCAAAUGAAAACACCGAGGUACCGACUUCUCAAAAUGUUCAGCCUCCUGCGGAUCCUAAUGGAUCCGUUUCCAACUCCUCUACAUAAUCACAAGAUUCAAUGGCCAGCCGGCGCAAAUGAAAACACAGCUCCCACAGAGAUAACGCCUUCUCAAAAUUAUUAGACUCCAGCAGAUCAGAAAUGAUCACCGGCUUCAACUUCCGCAGAACAUGCAGGGACUCACUUGCAAUCCGGCAAAAAUGAAAUACACAGCUCCAAAAGAGGUAACGGAGAUGAAAAUACAGCUCCCAAAGAAGUAAUGCUUUCUCGAAAUGUUCAGCUUUCUGCAGACCCUAUUAUAUCACGCGCUUCAAUUCCACAAGAACAUUGUUCGUAUCAAUGGUAAGCCGACGUAAAUAAAAACACCGAAGCACCGACUGUGUUUUCAUCUUUAACAAUCCUUGCAAUCCGGCAAAAUGAAAUACACAGCUCUAAAAGAGGUAACGCAUUCCCGGCCAAAGACCCUAAUAUAUUAUCCGCUCAUAUUUCACCAGCAAAUACCGAAUUGAUCGGUUUUUAAUUCACUUGAAAAUCCCAAGACUGAAUGGCCAGUCGGCACAAGAAAAAACACAACACUAAAAAGAUAAAGCCUUCUCGAAAUGUUAUGCCUCGUAAUGGAUAAGCCGCUCCUAUAUCACAAGAAAAUACCAAAAGACCAAGCGACCUACAGAAGCAUACAAACAAACAUCCAAAGAGGAUGAAAUAAAUUGAAAUGUUCAGCCUCUUCCUAAAUUGAUCACCACCUCAAAUUCAGCCACAAAAUACCAGGACUCACAUACAACAAAAUCAGGAGAACGAAGACAACAAAUUAAAAGGCGUAUCACUUACUCAAACGAUUCUGGUGCAGAAAUGAGAAACUUUACUUAAACAGAUUAUGGUACAACAUGCAAAACCGCAUUUAUAUAAUGCGCAGCUAAAAUACCACACAACAGUUGGAAUGUUAAAAGAAGAAUGCUGCUGGCGAUACGUAUCUUUUUUAGAGAGUCUUACAUGAGGCUGUAGCAGAAUAAUAAAUUACUAGUAAUACAAUUCGACAAAUAGAUCGAAGCAUAAAAAUGCAUAUUCAGACUACAAUGUUUAAUGAAUUAUUUUAAAAAAACUAUUCCAAAUUGUGUUUUUUUGUAUUGAAAGCAAUUAUCUCCUCAAUUUUCAGCCUAUUCAUUAAAAUGACUAAUAUUGGGAUUACUGUUCUGGUACUUAUUUCUAAAAUUAUAAACAGAAUCCAUUGAUAUGAUAAAAUUAACAAUAUGUGACAUGUGUGUAUGAACUUCUGUAACGUUACAGACGCUUAUAUGUUCAUAGUCAAAAUUUUGAUAUAAACGGCAAAUUCGCUGUUCGUUCGAUAAACACUUUAACACCGUUCCAAAAACAUUGAGUUACACGACAUUCCAAAAACAUAUGCCCACUCGAAUCUACUGACAUACUACAAAAAUCACAGAUUUUGGAUUGGGUUAAACCACAUAGCAAUAACUAUUAUAUGGAAUAAUGUGCAUAAUAUAUUUAUACAAGAACGUACUUAGCUUCGUAUCAUGUAUCACUCUAAGAGAUUGAAUAAACAAUCGUUUAUAUUUCUUUAUUUAAAAAAAAGAUCCCAUUUUGCAAUUUCCUUAAUUGGAUUUAUUUGCUUUGUC